GGCUGCAGAUAAAACGGCAAUAAACCAUAUCAAAGCGUAGCCAAACUUCCUGAUCGUAUUCGCCUUCGAGCCAGGUCCACUUCAAAAGCGACGCGACAAAACCUGAAGCAACCGUCUGUUUACUGUAGACAGCCGCGUUAAAUAAAACAGGAGCGUUUCAGUGUUGUCUCAUCGCGCUCAUUGAACAGUGUCGACACCGAAGGUCACUUCCUGAUUUACUGACUGUCCUAACACUUCCAACAGGUCUGCCUCUCUUCAAAUGGCAGCGUUUUGAGCGAUUGAAAUACUAUGCUGUCGCUACAGGUGUAGUGGACAAUAGUUUUUAAUUUGUUUGAGACGAAGCGACACACUUAUAAGCAGGUGAAUUCAUCGAUGCGUAUGUUUUCCUGGUACUGAGUUUAUCGGUGAGGAUUUUUUAAAAUGGCGCUGGUAGUAUCAGAACAGUAUUAAAGUUCCUGAGCCUGAGAAGAGUGAGUGAAGUACGCGCAGCAGUGGGAAAAGUUGGUUAUAUGCAGACGCAUUUGAUGUCUGGUGUAUUGGAGGGUCGGGAGUGAUGGUGAGGAGGUGAUGGCGCGUGCACACGCAUCACUUCACUUGCAGCGAGAACAUGGCAGAAGCAGUACACGCGUCUAAUGAAACCUGUCAACAUAAAGAUGGUUCCCAAAAGUCUUCAUUUGGUGACCCAUCAUUCAGCCAGUGUUUGCAGAUUACCUCCAAGCCCAUCCAAAACCAUCUCAACCAUCACAUGCCCUCAGACUCUCAGUUACAACAUCUCAGCUGCAAACCAUUCACUCCCAUUAAUGGCCAACGUGAUGAUGAUUGCAGUAGUUUGGCUUCUCAGGAUUCUGGUAUCCCCACACUUGAGAUUAAUCCACCUGAACACGUCCAUGCCCGAGUCACCACGGCUGAGCUAUUGGUUCCACCUCCACACGAUGAUAAUCCAGCUACACUAAACUUGGAUGUGUCAGACAAUUCCAUACUCAAGUCCUCAACUUUCCCACGUUGCGACUUUGACACAGUGCGUCUCUACAGCAGUGGCGGGCUCUGCGGUACGAUGGGCAGGGGUACAUUGAACCGCAGUGAUGAUAUUUCAGUGGGCAGCGUGUCCAGUUUGAGUACUGAGUUUUCUGCUACGUUGUCAGUCAGUAAUGAGGACUUUUUAGACUUCAUGGUUACAUCAGAGUCCAGUGCAGUCGUUACAUUUGAGAAUGAAGAUGUCUUGCACCGUUCUGACAACUUACUCUCACCUUCCAAUGAUCUACAUGUAAGCAGCCCACAACGACAAGCUGCAGGAUUGUCAACAUCACAUGAAGCCAGAACGAAAAGAAUGGGGCCGCUUGCACGCUUCUUUGACAGGAGUCUUUUUGCUAAGAAGAUGAAGGAUACUGCUGCACUAGAAGGUCAGAGAGAGCCUGGAUGGAGGCUGUUUGGUAAAGACCCCAGAGGAAUACAAAAGGAAUAUGAAAGGAGGAGUGGACAAGCAGACAAUUCCACGUCUCCCAAGAAGAAUGUAAGAAAGAACCUGGACUUCGAGCCUCUUUCAACCACUGCACUUAUACUGGAGAACCGGCCGGCGAAUCUUCCAGCAAAGCCUGAAGAGGAGGCCCAGAAACACAAACAGGAAUAUGAAGAGAUGGUGGCUCAGGCCAAGAAAAGAGAGCUAAAAGAUGCCCAGAAGCGGAAGAAACAGCUGGAGGACCGGUGUAAACUAGAAGACAGCAUUGGCAAUGCUGCUCUCACCUGGAGUCAAGAGAUACUGCCCAACUGGCAAAGCAUGUGUUCAUUGAAGCGGGUGAGGGAUUUGUGGUGGCAGGGUCUGCCGCCUAGUGUGAGGGGCAAAGUUUGGAGUCUGGCAAUAGGCAAUGAGCUGAACAUCACAGAUGAGCUGUAUAACAUCUGUUUAUCAAGAGCCAAAGAGAAGUGGAAUGCCUUUCUAACACCAACGACUACUGCAGAAACAGAGAUUGAAGAUGUAGGCUUGUCUAAUGCUGAUCGGGAGGCCAGUCUAGAACUGAUAAAGUUAGACAUUUCCAGAACUUUUCCCAAUCUUUGUAUAUUCCAACAGGGUGGCCCAUAUCACGAUGUAUUGCACAGCAUACUGGGAGCUUACACUUGCUACCGUCCCGAUGUGGGAUAUGUGCAGGGAAUGUCCUUUAUUGCAGCAGUGUUGAUCCUGAACAUGGACACUGCUGAUGCCUUCAUUGCUUUUGCUAAUUUGUUGAACAAGCCUUGUCAAAUGGCUUUCUAUAGAGUGGACCACAGCCUUAUGUUGACAUACUUUGCAGCAUUCGAAGUGUUCUUCGAAGAAAAUCUACCAAAGCUAUUUACACAUUUUAAGAAUAACAGCCUGUCCUCUGAUAUUUAUUUAAUCGACUGGAUCUUUACCUUGUACAGUAAAUCCCUCCCACUGGACAUAGCGUGUCGUGUGUGGGACGUCUUCUGCCGAGAUGGCGAGGAGUUUCUCUUCCGUACUGCACUGGGUAUCCUGCGCCUUUAUGAGGACAUUCUCACCCGUAUGGACUUCAUCCACAUCGCUCAGUUCCUGACGCGCCUGCCUGACUACAUCUCUGCUGAUGAGCUCUUCUCCAGUAUAACCAAUGUCAACAUGAACUGCAAGAACAAGAAAUGGGCACAAGUUCUUCAGGCUUUGCAGAAAGGACAAGAUCGAGCCAGUCCACUACUGAAACACUGACUUCCUAUUUCAGCUUACAUUACAAAGAGAAAAUCACUUGUUGACUCCUACAUACCUCAUUGGAAAUAAAUGGAGUUCCAGCAGUCUGUCCUGUUCCAUACAAACUGAUGCUUGAAAACAAACUGAUACUUGCACACAAACUGAGCACACAGGAACAAAGCAACUCUGAUUCAGGGUAAGCGUGGAGGGCAGGACCAGACUGAAGAAUGUGAGUUUGUUUCGUGUCUCUGUUUCCUCUCUGCUUCUUCCCUUUCACCAUUUUGACACUUAUCCAUAUUUCCCCUUCAACUUAAACAUUAUGUGUCUAUUUAAGCAAAAACAAAAAUGAUAUAUAUUUUGCUGUGGUUGUUUUAGAAUGUUGUUUUAUUUAAUGUUUGCUUUCCGAUCUGUUGUUAUAUUUUCUUCUUGCAUUCUUUCACUUGAAAUGAGAUUCCUGACCGUCACACUGGUUCCCUCUCCUGCUUAACUCUAUCAAAGCUUUGAGUAAUUGUGUGAUGUAUUUGUAUUAUUGUCUUGUAAUCUCAAGGGGAUAUUUAUGUGGAGAAAACUGAAGUUAUGCAUAUCAUGAGGAGGUCAAAUUUGUGAAUUCUGUGAAUUUCAGUAAAUCCCACCAUUGUUCUUUAAGAGUUUUGCACACUUAAUCAAAGUCUCCUUUUGAAGAACUAUAAUUUAUGCUACCUCUUGCUCUUUAACCCCUUUAUAUGUAACUAUUGAUUCAGAGAUUUGAGUGGAUAGUAAAGGAUAUAGUGUGUUUGUGGAAUUGUUACAGGAUUCUCUUUCUCUCUUCCUAUUUCUUUUUAUAGAAAUACUGUUUAUUGUGCCACUGUAAAGCCAAACAUGCAGCAAGAAUGACAUUAGGAAGUUUAGACGGCUUUUGUUUGUGAAAUAAUAAUAAUAAUAAUAAUAAUAAUAAUUUAUUAUUAUUAUUAUUAUUAUUAUAGGCUGAAAACGGAUGUUUAAUGUAAUGAAUGUGGCUUCAUUUGGUGCAGUUUGGGUAAUAUGGUGGUUAGAAGUGUUGAAAAAAGGUAGAUGGGAAAUUCGGGUGAGUUCGCUUCUUGAAGGUGUUGGUGGUUUGUCAGUCAUACAACUCAUUUCACAUUUAUUUAUGCUUGACAUCUCAUUACGUCUUAUAGCCUUGCUAUAUUUUGCUGUAAUAUUUUGACAUUAAACACUGCAUUAUGUGUGGAUUUAAAAAAAUCUGAAAUUUGAUUAUUCAAAGACUGUAUGUCAUUUGAUUGGGAAAUUUGCACAAAUACCAUGUUUAGUAACUUCAUAAACUUUAUCAUGUAAUGUUUUUUUAUAUAUCUGUUCUGGUUUAAUAUCUGUUCAGCUUAUUACAACGGACCAGAAUAUUACGGCAAUAACCUGUCUCAUAGUCACUCAUUUUGUUUUAGGAAGAAGUGAAUGUGUGAUCUUGAGGACCAUUUUUUUGGUUUUGGUCAAGAGCUUAUUUAUUAUAUUAAUUUAAGCUUUCCAAUAUUCAUCAGAAGUAAUGUAAUACAAAUUUAUAUAUGGUCAGUGUGGUCGUAUAAAUAUGAGGGCACUGCUAAGAAAAUAGUUUUCAAUGAAAUAAUCAGAUAAGGGAUAUUUGCAUUCAUACUUGCAUUCACUGUGGUGUGUUGAUGUUGUGUUGAGAUCAUUUAAAAAUAAUGUGGUGAGAUUUUAUAUCUUUGUGAUCACUAUGAUCGAAGGAAAACUUCCCACCACCUUGUGGUCUUGAACCACACUACUGCAAUAAGCUGCUUUGCACAUGUUUUAUUUGUCCUUUUUCAUAGGUCUGUACUUUUUUCUUUCCUGUGCUUUAUUUAUUUCUUUAUUCUUAUAUGCGGUUUUUAAUUAAAAUGCUUUCUUUGUAGUUAUCUUUUAUUUGUAGUUUUCUUUGCCCUGUACCCAUCCAACCUUAAGUGCAAGUACUUUCAAUAACUUGACCAAAUAUGAUUGUGUCGAAUUGUGCAUUUGGAUACCUAUUAACAGUCCAAAAUGUUCAAUUAAAAGUAAUGAAAACUCUUAAUUGUAACUGCAAAGCUGAUUUAUGUCUACAAAGGAUGUGAAUCUAAGUUCUUGAACUUUGUUGUACUGAAAUGUGUCAGUGUCCAGUGUUUAACACAAGGACACAAUGCUGUCUAAUUUAGCCACAGUGGUCAUACAGCGCUGAUCAUGUAAGUGCAGAUGAUGAAAUUGAGUUUUCUGUUUUUGUUCAUGUUGAAAGAAUCGGUUCAUGAAAUGGAGGCAGUAGCGCAUCUAUGCCCUGAUGUGCUCUGUAUGCAUAAUGACCUAUCAGAUGCAAACUGUGUGCAUGCAAUCUCACCUGAAACUUUUAUUUAGCGUGCAUUUGAUCACAUUGCUUGCUUAGUGAAUUACCAGCAUAGCUUCUGGAGAAAUGAUGGGUGACAGGAAAUGUUUCUUUAAAAAACAUACAGACAUUGGCCUGAAAUCACAAUGUUAUCUGUCUUAUUUAUGUAUUUGUUGUUUUGUCAAAUGAUCCUGCCUUUGUUUGAUUUUGUUUGGUAUUGACACAUGACUACUAAAAUAAAUGAAAAAGAAAAAAGUUAUUUUAUCUCUUUGUUUCAUUAAACAACAGUGAGAAUGACUUUCUUUAUGUAUGGUAAGAUAAACUGUUGAGUCAUGAAGAUGGUGAAGACUUUUUUUCUGCUUUAUUAGCCUACAUGAAACAACCACCUAAAAUGUUUCCUGUCUAUUUAUUUUUGUGGUUUAUUUUCUACAUGGAACAUUUUCUCACUUAUAACCUGCCCCCUUGCCAAAACCACACUCUCCCCCUCCCCUUCUACCUUUAAAAUGUAUGGUUCUGUUUGUAGGACAUUAGACUGAUGAUAUCUACAGUACAAUAUCUCAAGAAACAGAAUCUACAGCUAUGCGUUACUGUUAUAUUUCUCUUCUUGUUGGACUUCUGGUAGUCACUUGGCUCCAGUGUGAUGCAGCGGGCAACCAUGCCAAUGAGCCAGCUGAAUGCUGUUUUCAGUUCUAUAGGGGUAAAAUUCCGAUUGAUAAAAUCGACUACUACUUGGAGACAAGACCUAAAUGUCCCAAUACUGGAGUCAUUUUUGUCACCAAGAAGUCUCUUCAUAUCUGUAUGGACCCUAAAGCAAACUGGGUGAAAAGAACCAUGCAACAAAUUGAUAAACAGCAGCUGCGCAAAAUGCUUGACUUGGCUUAAAAGCAUAAUUUCAGUGUUUUUUAAGUGAUAGCUAAUUUCUCUUCUUUCUAUGAUGUUGUUUUUGUUGGUGUAAUGCAUUGCUUUUUAUUGCUAUUAUUUACUGAUCCAUCAUCCUAACAAAUGUUUGGUUUAAAUGCAGAAUGUUUCUCUUAUGUAUGUAUACUUAAAAUGCAAAAAUAAUUAAUGAAAACAUUUAACAAACUGGCAUUUUUAAUUGUUAAGUAGAACCUAAUCAUUCAACUCAGUUUUUUACCACGCUGCAUGAUUUUUCUAUUCACAACUUUGAUUGUAAUUUCGGCUACCUACAUACUGGUUAAAACGUCUCUUAAUUUUUUUUACACAAUAUAGAAAAAAAUCUUUCUUAUUUGAUGCACUGAAUUUUAAUAAAGCAUA